GGCUACGGCCAGCCGAUCCUGAAAUGUUCUAAACAAAACACGCGCGCCAAGACAACUCGUGCACGCAACGCGAUAAAACUAUUCGAAUUCGCACAACCUCAAAAAACUUCCCCAUUCUCGAUUUGCCGAUUCACAAACUGCACGUCACCUCGUGGAUCGCGAGGAUCGAUCCACACGGGCUUAAUUUUGUGGAAGUUCUAAAUGGUCUCAGUUCAGUGUAGUGCGAAUUAUUAUUUUCGAAUGUUUGGAUUAUUCUGCUACAUUUGAGAAUCCAUUUUCACAUAAAGAUAAUGCAUGAUUCGGGAUCGUGAAAAAUGUUUUACACGCGAGGAAUUUUUCCUCGUCCAGUGUAAGCUAGCAUGACGAAGCACCAUUGGAACUUUCGGCUUUGUACUCUUGUAAUUCUUCCUCUGCUGCAGCCUUACUACGCUUUAGAUCCAUCACAAUGCAUCGCGCCACUGGGCAUGGAAAACGGCGCGAUCAAAGACGACGACAUCACCGCCAGUUCUUCGUUCGACAGCGGCAGCGUGGGGCCACAUCACGGACGGGUUCGAACUGACCGUAACGGAGGAGCAUGGUGUCCGCAGAAGCAGGCCACGACGGAGCCCCACGAAUGGAUCCAGGUGGACCUGAAGUCGGUCCACAUGAUUACGUCGACCGAAACUCAGGGACGUUUCGGGAACGGACAGGGGAUCGAAUAUGCGGAAGCUUAUUACAUCGAGUACUGGCGGCCGAGACUGAACACCUGGAUUAGAUAUCACAACAGUACUGGACAAGAGGUCAUUGACGGAAAUGUUAACCCGUACCUUCCAUCUAAACGUGAGUUGGAUCCUCCAUUCUGGGCGAGCAAAGUCCGUUUCUACCCCUACAGCAGCCACAAAAGAACGGUAUGCAUGCGCGUGGAACUCUACGGCUGUCGUUGGACGGACGGCAUCGUCAGCUACACAAUGCUCCAAGGUGACAAACGUGGCUCCAACUGGAAGUUCUACGACUUCGGUUACGACGGUGAAUGGGACGGCAACGAGUUGAAGCACGGAUUGGGUCAAUUAAUCGAUGGAAAGUUCGGACACGACGACUUCAAGACUGACUUCCACAACGACGCCCAACGGUGGGUCGGCUGGAAAAACGACACCAGGCACAACAAACCGAUAGAAAUAAAAUUUGAGUUUGACAGAAUAAGAGAGUUUUCAGCCGUACAUAUCUACUGCAACAAUCAAUUCACUAAAGACGUGCAGGUCUUCGCUUUGGCCAAGGUCAUGUUCAGUAUCGGCGGCAGACGUUUCAACAAAGGCGAGCCCAUCACCUACGAAUACAUACAGGACCGCAUCUUCGAAGUGGCCAGGAACAUCACCAUCAAACUCCAUCACCGCGUGGGAAAGUAUGUGAAACUCCAGUUCCAUUUCGCAUCGAAAUGGCUGUUGAUAAGCGAGGUUUCCUUCGACUCGGUCAUUGCCCACGGCAAUUUCACCCCGGAGCCGGAACCCACCACGGCUCCACACGUCAAGACCCAACAAGGUGACAGACACGAGCACAAAAUUGAGAUCCCAGUACCCAGUGAGAUCAACGAACCGGCCACCAUUGCGAUUAUAUUAAUCGGAUUGGCUUUGGUGAUUUUGCUGCUGGGUGGUAUCAUUUUAAUUAUAUAUCGCUUCCGAAAUAGAAAAUUCUUCCGCAGCCCCAACUCCUCGAACAUUAGAUUCCCAACAAACACCUUGCCACACAUGCAAGCCGAUUCGGUGUACGGUAUGAGCGAAAAGGGAAGCUCGAUUGAGGCCUACGGGGUGACCGAAAUAGAUGAGUAUAGGAGAUCUCACGGGACGGUUAAAUCCAGCCUGAGGUCCACUUUACCACUGCCUCAUCCGAUGUCGGAGAAUAACGAAUAUCAAGAACCAUAUCAAGCGAUGAAAUAUGCCCCUUACUACAGUUAUAGCUCCGUCGUUAUGCAAAUGCAAGAUGUAUUGCCCAGCAGUAUUAAAAAGUGUUCCCAAGAUAACUAUGACUAUGCUGUUCCGGAAGCAGGAACGUUACCACUUCUCGGAACAGACAACACACUUCCUAUGAAUCGGAAUAGACUAAGUAGCAUAUCCUCCAGAGGCCCCAGAUUAUCCCUCAGAAGUUGUCCUAGUGAUGGAAAAAGAUCACCUACACAACAGGAAGCACUAGCUGCAUUAAAAAAGAGAUUAGAAGAAACCACUCCAACAGAGUUCCCCAGACAUAGACUUAGAAUGCUUUCCAAGCUUUCUGAAGGUGCUUUUGGAACUGUGUACAUAGCCGAAGCUGACGGUAUUUCGGAAUACUCUUCAACCCUGUCGUUAGGAACUAGAUUAGUAGCUAUUAAAUUUUUAGGUGAAGAUGCUAGUGAUAAAGAAAAGAAAGACUUUUACCGUGACGUUAGAAUUCUCUCAGCACUUGAGGAUCCGAACAUCGCCCGUGUCCUAGGAAUGUGUAGUCAAGAUGAGCCCAUCUGCGCUGUUAUGGAAUAUUUAGAUCACGGAGAUUUGUAUCAGUUUUUGAAGACUCAUGUAGCUGCUGAAGUGAACACAAAUCUUCCUUACGGUGUUAAGUCCUUGUCUUUUAACUGCCUUCUCUAUAUGGGAGCUCAAAUUGCCUCCGGUAUGAGGUAUUUGGAGUCCCUGAAUUUCGUACAUAGAGAUUUAGCUACCAGGAAUUGUCUAAUUGGAAAGGGUUAUCAAGUAAAAAUUUGCGAUUUUGGAACGUACAAUGAAUUAUACUGCAACGAUUAUUAUAAGGUUGAUGGUACUACUCCUCUACCUCUAAGAUGGAUGGCUUGGGAGUCUGUGCAUCAUGCAAAGUACACUACAAAAAGUGACGUUUGGGCUUUCGCUGUAACCCUCUGGGAAAUCUUAACACUAUGUCGAAGGCAACCUUACGACUCGCUCUCUGAUGAAGAAGUGAUGGAGAAUUUGGCACGGUUGAAUUGUGAGGACGGGCAGUACUUGUAUCUUCCAAGACCCUCCAAUCACAUGGAUAUUUACGAUAUUAUGUUGGAGUGUUGGAGGAGAAGGGAUGUAGAGCGACCCUCAUUUAGAGAGAUACACAUGUUUUUGCAGCGGAAAAACUUAGGUUAUGCUCCUACAUAGCUUAAGAAGACUGGUUAGGUAUAGAGGGAUCAACAACUUUUAUGUAAAUAAAACACAGGGUGAUACUUUGUAUUGUUUCUUUAAUACGACUUAAGCUGUUUUAGUACUAGUUCUUUUUGGAAAUGUUAUUUAUUUUUAAAAGUUUUAUCUUCUAAAAGAUGUAAAUUGUUUAUAAUCCGUCUGGUUCAAAGAAAUGUAGACGACGAAUUCUGCGCACAUCGAGCAAUAAACGAAAUCGGAACAGGAAAUGGCAGUGAAUGUGACUUUCGUACAACGAUAUAUCGUUUAGAGUAUAUAUCUCUACAUUUGCAUGGAUCACACUUUUAAUAAAACUUAGUUGGUUAUUUUUCUGCAGACUCCUUCAGUUUUCGGGGAUUCUGCGGAGGAAAUUAUCUAGAAGGUGGCUUAUUUGCUUUAAACAUUUGUUAAAACGAACUUUCACAAGCACAAUAAUUCAAGACAAUGUCUAGAUAUUAAAUAUAAAAGAAGUAAUAAUAUGAGUGUUAUAUAAUAUAUUUACUAGUCAAUUCGGACGCCUAUGUAAUAUACUUCAAUGAAAAAUAUCUUGGAGCUAAGAUAAAAAGUGUAUCUAAAAGUAUUUAUCUUGAUCUAAAAUGCUCCCCGCUUAUUAACUUUAAGAUAUAGAAAUGUAGAGUUAAUUUUCUAGUUACCACAUUUAUAUAUAGUACCUAUUAAAAGAAUUUUCUGGAGUUUUAUAUUAGUCCGACAGGAUUUGUUCAACGUCUUUAGACAUAUAAAACUGCAGGAGUAAACAUAACUUUAUUGUUCUUGUUUUUAUACCCACAAGAAAAAAUGCUCGACAAUGUACAAUGUUUUACGUAUAUUUUAAACAAAACUGUUUUAUGUACUUGUAAUUAUAUUUUUAUUAUGUGCCAAGAGCUCACCAUCUCUUACAUUAAUCAUCACAGCGAUGUUGUUCCAGUACCUACAUACCGCAUAAGUCCUCCUAGACUACUCUAACACAUGAAAGACCCAGUAGCGAAAUGUAUUUUUUUAAAAUGAGCACAUCGAUUUGACUAUGCUGUAUGUAAAUUUAGCUUGUUUAAAUGCUUAAGAAGUAUGUAACACUAAUGUUUGAGCCAUCAUUGUUUCCCAUUGUUUAUUAUAGAAGUUUCCUGAACUUUUUCACAUCUCUGAACAUUCCAAAUAAAUAUAAGUGGCACAAAUAUUACGAAUAGUUGCAAUAAUACUUUUUUGUGAUUUAGUUGUUGUGUAUUUUAAAUUCCUGCAAAUAAUUGUCAAGUAAUAACAUAUCAAUAAAGAGAAACAAAAUGAA